CAAGUAUUUACAAAUCUUCUUUGAAACUGCACGUAUUUACUUUUCGUUUCGCGAGGGAUUUGGUUGGGGAGGAUUGACCAGGUGCCAUUUCUUAACUGUAGCCUCUGUUCACCCAGCAGUGACUGGGUACCUGAUGUAUCCUGCGGUGCAAACUUUAAGAAGGUCCAUUUUAGUUGGAUGCUUCUCACACCAUGCAUGUCACAAAUUACGUAUCCAGUUGUGCAGAGCCUAUACUUCACGCAACAUAUUAAAGCUUGAUGAAAGAGGACUUUGGGCUGAUCGGUUUCCUGACUCGAAUACCAACAAGCUAAUUGAGGACCUGAUCACAAGAACUCAGACAAUAUACAGUGGGUUUGAUCCCACAGCUGACUCAUUGCAUGUAGGAAAUUUGCUGGUUUUGAUGGCCCUUCUUCAUUGCCAGAGGGCUGGACACAAUGUUAUUGCUCUGGUUGGAGGGGCAACAGGACAAGUGGGCGACCCAAGUGGCAGAAGUAGUGAACGACCUUUGCUACACAUAGAUGAAAUAAAUAACAAUGCAGAUAAAAUUGCAGAGAAUAUUCAGUGCAUAUUUGACAACCACAAGCAGUUUUUCUGGAAAGGAGGCAAUGACAAGUUAUUGCCACAAUUAAGAAUUGAGAAUAACCUUCACUGGUACAGAAGAUUAAGUGUGGUGGAUUUCCUGCGUGUGACUGGUCGUAAUUUACGAAUGGGGGAUAUGCUAUCUCGCACCAGUGUACAGUCUCGCCUCAAGUCAGCUGAAGGACUGAGCUUCACAGAAUUUUCAUAUCAGGCUCUGCAAGCAUACGACUGGCUCUACCUAUAUGACAAGUAUAACUGCAAAAUUCAGAUUGGUGGUAAUGACCAGAUGGGAAAUUUUCAUUCAGGUUAUCAACUAAUAAAUCGAAUACAUAAUGCUUCUGUAACAGGUCUUACAGUGCCGAUCAUAACCAAUGAAAGUGGUGACAAAUUUGGAAAAUCUGCAGGAAGUCCUAUAUGGCUCGACAGCAGCAAAACUUCUCCAUUUGAUUUGUAUCAAUUCUUUGUGCGAGUAAAGGAUUCAGAGAUUGAAAAAUAUCUACUUCUGUUGACCUUCCUUCCUGUUACGGACGUAAAAAAAGUUAUGGAAAAGCACAAGAGCAGCCCUGAAAGCAGACAUGCACAAGUGAAGUUAGCAGAAAAAGUUACACUUCUUGUACACGGCCAGAGUGGUCUAGAGUCUGCUCUACGUACAACUGAGGCUCUUUAUGGCAAUAAACCCGAAGCACUUGCUCAAAUGUCCAAAGAGGAUAUCGAGGGUGCAUUCAAGUUUGCUGCCUCGUCCAACAUUUUCUUAGAACCGGGAACAUCUGUCAUUGGCAUGGCGCUGAAAGCUGGAUGUUUUGCUGAUGAGAGAGAUGCACGUCGCAUCAUUGAGGCUGGAGGAUUUUAUAUUAAUCUUGCUCGUGUUACCAUGCCAGAUCUUGUACUUAUUCCUGGAGUGCACAUACUUCCUAAUGGUCUGACUUUAGCAAGAGUUGGUAAAAAGAACUACUACUUAAUCAAGUGGUGCAGCUAAUUUUACAACUAUUUAAACAUGGAAAAACAGCUGUUACAAUAUGUAAAUAAAAUUGUCAGAAAUCUU